AGGUCUAUGAGUCUCGAACUUGGUUAACAAAAAAUGUAAUUGCGAAUUUACGACGUGAAGCUUAUUUGAUCGAACAUAAGUUUCGUAAUGUUUACGUUUUUACGAACGUACCGAUAUAAAAGUGGACGCGCAUGGCAUUCCGACAAUGUUAUAUAAGAGUUGUGUUUCUUAUUCACGCGCGUAUGUUCCUACCUUCCUUCCGCCUUUGCGGACAUGUAUUUCCAUUGUUAGAGGGGUCAAUCGACUAUCUUUUCAAUAUAAUAGAUCCUACUUGCCACCAGUUGACCUGUCCGUAUAAAGUAAUAAUAAAGGAAGAAGAUGGCAGACGAAACGUUAUAUAGCUAGCUUGCUAAACAGUUAUGGCAGUUUAUUCGAUUGAGGCUAGAAAGCGAUAAAUGACAUUUCGGAAAUGUUAGUUAGGUAGCUAACGUUAACUUGUGGCUACCUGGCUAGUUACCGUUAGCUAGCUAACAUUGUCCUGUUACAAACUACUUAUUUAACUAGUUAGACAUUUUACAUUCUGAAUUAACGUUACUAAUUAUACGUAAAUGUGUAUAGCAUCAGCCAGUUAGCGUUCUAGUAGCGACCAUCUCAUAACUUGGCUGUGUAGCGUGAGCUAGCUUAGGUUAGGUAAUUUGCUAGGUUAGAUUGUUGUUGCCAAUCACUGUCUUAUAAAAUAACAAAUGGCUGGGUUGGCGACUGUGACCACCCUUCGAUUGCCUAUAGGCAUACGGACAUUCAGUGAGUUGCGAGAUGUCUCUGCAUUUGGCAAAAAACGGUUGAAUACAGUGUUGGGGCCAAGAAUACGGAUUAAACAGCCAAUCAGAUAUGUGACAUCUUGUGGCAUCCUUAUGACCAGAAACCCCAGGAUUCUUAUCCAUUUGGACAGAAGGACAACUAUCAUUCCCCCCAGCAGAACCUUCCUUAGUCUGGCCAACAAGAGGAAACAGUAUUCAGAACGAAGAAUCAUUGGUUACUCGAUGCAGGAGAUGUAUGAUGUGGUGGCCAACGUGGACGAUUAUAAGCACUUUGUUCCGUGGUGUAAGAAAUCUCAGUUCAUCAUGCAGAGAGCCAGUCAUGCUAAAGCCAAACUAGAAGUGGGUUUCCCCCCUAUAGUCGAGAGAUACACCUCCAUGAUCACCAAUGUGCGCCCUCAUCUAGUCAAGGCUGUAUGCACAGAUGGUAAACUGUUCAACCACUUGGAGACAAUAUGGCGUUUCAGCCCUGGAAUACCUGGUUAUCCCAGAACCUGUACUGUUGAUUUCUCUAUAUCUUUUGAGUUUCGCUCUUUGCUACACUCGCAGUUAGCGACGGUCUUCUUUGAUGAGGUCGUGAAGCAAAUGGUUGUUGCCUUCGAGGGCCGAGCUUGCAUCAAGUACGGCCCAGAGACUAAAAUACCCAGAGAACUCAUGUUCCAUGAGGUGAACCAAACGUGAGCCUCCAUGUGCUUGUACAUAUAUGGGAAAUUCACACGUUUUCCCCACUUUCAACCCAUUGCAUUUUGUGGACGACCAUUAGAUAGAUGACUGUUAUUGGACACGGUUGAAGUGGAGAAUGGAUCUCCAGCUUGACUGCUUGAACAACACAGCCACCACUUGCAUGUGAGAAGAGCAUCAUUUCAGACUGGGACCGUCCUCCGUAUGUACUGGAUUCUUAGGCCAUUCUCCUAUUUAUUGCCAAUUUGUUGCAGAGCCUAAUAUUUACUGAAGCAAAUUCCAUAUUUUGUAAAGUGUAAUGAAUUGUCAGGCUUUCAAGAUUAUUUUUACCAAUCCAGUAAAUACUUCAGCUAGUUAACUGGGGACUCAUAAGAGAACUGAACAUAAUAUAUUUUGGGUGGUCAGAAUUACCAUGUCACACCCAUUUGAUUUUCAUAAGAUGUUUUAACUGGUUUGAAUCAUGUCCACACAUUAAAUCUAUGUAGAAAUAUAAACACAACAAUUUAACUGAGUGUGUGUAUAUAAGGAAAUCAGUUCAUUGAAAUAAAUUCACUAUGCCCUAAUCUAUAGAUUUCACGACUGGGAUUACAGAUAUGCAUCUGUUGGUCAGAUAGCUUUAAAAAAAAUUGACCUCACAAUAGGGCUCAGGAUCUCGUCACACUAUCUCUGUGCAUUCAAAUUUCCAUCAAUAAACUGCAAUUUACCCCACCGCCAUUGAAAGGGAGAUUUAUAUCGCUUUCCUAUAACGUUCCCCUGAUUUGCCUUAAUGUUUAUUUUGGGGUAAAGAGACAUUUUACAUUUUAACGUCAUAUUAAUCUCCAGCACCACCCCAACAAAUGUGAAAACAGCAUGUUUUGGUAAAGUUUACAAUGACAUCCCGUGUGCAUUGUGAUUUUAACCAAUUAUGAGUAGGCAUUGCCUACUAAUUGGAAACACUUAGAGGAAGACAUCUUUUACCUCAAAACAUAAACACUCCCAUUUUCACAUAGGUUGGGGUGGUGCUGGAGAUGUUGAAAAGGGGUGAUUCUGUUGGUGGGAAUCAGGGCUCUUAAGGUCCUGCCAGCCAUUACCACCCUGUUUUUGUAUGUAUUUUAGACUUUAAAACAAAAGCCAAUAAACUAAAGUACAACUCUUUUGUCAAUAUCAGGAAAUUUCAGGUUGUCACAUGAGUGCUUGGCAAAUUAGGAGAAAGCGUAUCAAUUGUCAGCCAAUUGAUCCUUUGAAGCCACAGUUCAAAUCAGUUGCAACACAUAGCAAUUUUGUAUUUUCUGACCAAAGCACUCUGAUGUUGUUUAUUUGGAAUCCAGUCUCCGUACCAUGACGACUUGACCAGGCCAAAGGGAAGCAGAAACCUGAGUGCUGUGGAGACCUGUCUGGAACACUAUUAAUAACUGCGAUGUCCUCAAAACUCCUGCCAACACAUACGUAUCAUACACAGCCGGCACAGAAUAACAUGACUGUUCUGUGGUAAUGUAAAUGCAUUCAGGUAAAGAAUGUGCAACAACCACAUCUCCAUAAACAGACAGCAAUAAAAAAACAGAAUUCGAGAACAGUAAUUGUUAACAUUUGCCUUUUAUUUAAAAUUGUUUUCCACUUUCUGUCCCACGUCCAGCUCUGCUAGAUAAUAAAGUUCAGAUUUCUCCACUUCACAAUGAUCUCACAUAAGAUAUAUUUAUCUUUAUACCAGAAUAACAAAAUGUUUGGUUAGAACAGGAUCAAAUACAGGAACAGGACAAACUAAAAUACAUCUAAAAUACAUAUGUACUAUUUGGGAAAUACACUACAGGGGGUAGACAGUGUGAGGGGGGGCUGUUUGAAAACAAAUUAAAUGAAUAGCCAGGGGGUACUGUCGGUGUUGUGCCCAAUUAGAGUGUAUUGGAUAUGGUCUGCAUUGAAACAGACCAUUACAAACAAGCCCUCUCCCCACCCACUAGACCUGAGAGCAACCUUAAAACUAAACCAAGCAAAUCUGUACCUUAAUAACAAUCCAGUUGAACACAAUUUCUUAGUUUUUUAAAUUUAACCUUUAACUAGGCAAGUCAUUUGAACAAAUUCUUAUUUAAUGAUUAGUUGGUAUGGUGUUUCAGAUGUGUACUUGCGUCAUGAGCAAGAUGAGACAUUACAGUUGGACAUAGUAAAACCAGCAGACUUUCUAAAACAAACAUUUACAAAACAUUCUAAUAGUACAUCGAUUGAGACACGCGUACUAUUUAGUCAAUGCUUGCCAGCUCUCGAAUUACAUUCAUUUUUCUGACUAGAAGGAAAUGUUCCAUUGAUGUUUUUAAGUUGCCCUCGGGUCUUGAAGAAAAACUCUACAAGAAAGAUUACCCCCAUGUGUGAUAUAACAACCCUUUCAUCUCAGGUAGAUUUAAAAUAAAAAUGGAAAACAGUGCUGUCUUCUUACCCUGAUCACUUUUCAAAACAACCUCCCUUCCCAAUAGAACAGAGCUAUUUGUGAAGCACUGUACAAAGCAACCUGCAUAGUAUUCCAUUUACCAGAAGUGCAAUGGGUUUGGCGAACACUGGCAAAAAAAUGGUGUAAUAAGUGAACUUGGCCUUGAUUUAUAGUGGUGUGACAUCAAUCAUUGAUGAAAGGGGCAGCAGUAUACUUUUACGAACCUACAGACCCUGGUCAUUUGCAGACUGUACAUAUUCUUCUGUGGUUAUAUUAAAGAAGGACCUUGCCUGCCA